AGUAUACUUGUGUCCUUUCAAGUCCGAUGACAAUGAGAGGCCUCAGAAAGCUAAUGCUCAGUGCUGAAAAUGGAGAAUCAGAUGAAGAAGAAAAAAGGGACUCUCACUAUUCAUCCAACCAUCAAAUACUGUUAGUUGGUGAAGGGGAUUUCUCUUUUUCUUUGAGUUUGGCCAAUGCUUUUGCCUCUGCCUCUAACAUUUGUGCUUCUUCCUUAGACUCCUAUGAUAUUUUGGUUAAGAAAUACAAGAAUGCAAUUUCAAAUUUGGAAAAUCUUGAGAAGCUAGGGGCAUGCUUACUACAUGAAGUGGAUGCAACCAACAUGAAGCAUCAUACUGACUUAGCCAACCGAAAGUUUGAUCGAAUCAUCUUCAAUUUUCCACAUGCUGGCUUUCAUGGAAAGGAAGAUAAUCCCCAUAUGAUUCGGAUGCAUAGGAACCUUGUACAAGGUUUCUUUAGGAGUGCAAGGGGCAUGCUUCGAGCUAAUGGUGAAAUUCAUGUAAACCACAAGACCAAUGCUCCGUUUUCCCUAUGGAAUCUUAAGAAAUUAGCUUCUGGGUGCUUUCUGGCAUUAAUUCAGUGUGUAGAUUUCAAUGUAGAAGAUUACCCAGGUUAUCACAACAAGAGAGGGGAUGGUUCAAGAUGUGAUGAACCCUUUCCUCUUGGCAAGAGCAGCACCUUCAAAUUUGGCUUUUUCCCUAGAGCUAAGAAGGCGUCUAAAGCAACCAAAAGAUGGGGUUCAAUGUGUAACAAAUCUCAGCAUUUUCAAACCAUUUCAAUGCCAAUGCAGCUGCGUUCAACUUCUGAUUUCAACUAUCAUCGAAGGAAUCAUACUGUGAAUCGCAUCCCACUGCGUGUUAAACUGCGUCCUGUCAUCCCUAACCAGAAUCAAUACUCCGGGGUCUUCGAUAGAAACUUUAAUGGUUUGGUCCAAACAUGUCAAGCGAAUUGCCUGAGGUCUGAUUUUGAUGCAAGAUAUGAUGAUCUAGGAAGCUUGAGGCAUGGUCUUGACAGACAAUUGGUAGAGGUGCCAAGAACCUUGAAUGGUAACUCGUAUUACAUGCAUGAGCACAAGCCAGCGAGGCAUAGUGUUGACAGACAAAUGGUAGAGAUGCCAGGAGCCUUGAAUGGUAACUUGUACUACAUGCAUGAGCAUGAGCAUGAACUUGCCCGUAUUAGCAAUUCGAGGCCUCAUCUUCACAGGGCGCUUGCAUGUCCAACCUACCAGCUGAAAGUACCUAAUACUCGGGAUGUUCUCCGUUUGUAAAUGCAUGGAGUCUUCUGCUUUUUUGUGUGCAUCAGCAUAAAAUGACGAGUACAUACAACUUGUGAUGCUGACCAUGUAAAGUCAGAAAUGCUUAACCUUCCUCUGAAACUAGUUUUCUUUUGUCUAUGGAACAUACAAUGUAAUGCUUAAGUACGGGUAUCUUUGGUUGCUUUGCUUUA